AUGGCCAGAGCACUUACAACAGAUGAGUCCCACAUCCACAAAACCCUUGGCGCAAAAGUAGGUCUUGAGGAAGUCGAGGCGGUGGAAAGGAUAGCCAUAGUCGUCAAAGACACAAGGUACUCCGUCGAAAGCCCUGUGGCCUAUAGGAUAAAAGGGACAGACUCCAUUCUUAUAUUUGGAGAUCUAGGAAGCCCGGUUAACCUUCAUCAGCUCAAGAGGAUGUAUGAGGACAGCAUCAGAAGCUCUAAGGACCAGGAAGGCCCUGGCCUAUACGAUGAGAUCCACAGCGAUCCGCAGGAGGAUGGUGUGAAGGAAGCAGAGGAAAUAACCGUCGAUCCCAGCGAUGAGAGGCUGUCUGAGGAAGACAUAAAACUCAUUAGCUCACAGGUCAAGGCCUCGAGGAACGACAUAAUCAAGGCGCUUGUCGAGUCUGAAUACGAUGUUGUUGAUGCAAUGAUGAAGCUGACCAAGUAA